ACACACGCAGGCACACGCAGGCACCAGCCUGCCCUUGUCAAUCAAAUAUUUCCCCUCGCAAGAUGGCAAGAGCGCGCCUCAUUGGGAGUUGCUUCCUUGCAGGGUUUCUCUUCAGCAGGGGCCUGGCUGACACCCUCCCUGUCCUCAGCCUUUCUGCUGCAGUUGGAGAAAUCUUUGUUCAUGAGUUGGAAAGAGAGGGCUUCAAAGAUGCUUUUCCUGCCCCCAUGGACAACAAUGAACCGCCGAAUGAUCCUCUGCCUGACUCUCCCAUCACCUUCCACGCCAAUCUUCUGGAUCAUCCUGACCUGCCCCGGUGGCUACGCUACAUCCAACGCACUCCCUUUGACACGGGGUAUCUCUAUGGGUCCCCCACAAAGAAAGAUGUUGGCAAGCAGACGAUUGAGGUAACGGCAUAUAACCGGUACACCUAUGAGACUGUGAGGCAAACAAUGAUCAUUAAAAUUUCCCUGUUUCCAGACAAACAGAUGCCGUAUCAAGCUGACUUCUUGGUAAAGAACUGGGAUGUGGAGGAAAUGCUGCCAGUGGAUGCCCAGGAGCAAUUUCAGGAUGCCGUGGACAGUAUGUGGGAGCAAGAAGUCUUGAGUGUCGUCAACAUCACCUCAGCCUUGGAUCGGGGAGGCCGGGUACCGUUGCCAAUUGAGAACAGGAAGGAAGGGGUUUACAUCACGAUGGGUUCCAAGGAUCCAUUCACCAGCUGCUUAACGGAGGCCAAGUCCCCUGACAACCGCUACCGUUGCAAGCUGGAGCAGCAACCAGUCAUGACCUGUCACGACAGCUUCAGCCCCCGAUUCCAGGUUGACUGGUGCAACCUUACCUUGAUAGACCUCACAAAGGUGAAUGCCACGGAAAUGGUGACCAUCUAUGGAGACGGGGUGCUUGAAGAGGGCAGCGAAUUCGAUCCUCCAGAUGAUGCCCCUGACAGAGCAUUCUUCGAUGACUUCUUGCUUACGUUUCUCCUCCCCUUCCUCUUGGGCCUUCUCCUCUCUCUUCUCCUGGCCUACAUCAUGUGCUGCAGACGGGAAGGCGUGCAUCGAAGAGACAUGAAGACGUCAGACAUCCAGAUGGUGCAUCAUCACACCAUCCAUGACAACACUGAGGAACUGAGGGAGAUGGCCAGGACCCGGGAGGUGCCCCGCCCACUCUCCACCCUGCCCAUGUUCAACAUCCGCACUGGUGAGAGGACCAAUCCCAUGCAAACUGGCCGCCUCGACAGUGCCCAGGUGCCUCUGAUCCAGGCUCAGCAGUGAACAUUGUACCAGCAGGUCAUUUCCAACCUGAUUGAGGAGAAAUUUCUCACCAAAGACAUCUCUCAAUACUGAGAGCAUUUUUGUCAUAGCUUGGAAUAGUGAAUUUUGUUUUACUGCUUGUUUUCCACUGUGGUAAACAUGAUGAUUGGGAAUGGGGCAGGGGUGGGUGGGAGGGGCUACUUGGUAACACUUUGCAUCUGCUUUCAGGGUUGGCUUUAAGUUUUUGGCUGCUUGGCAAAAUAAUGAUUUUGUUGCAACUUAACCAUGGUAGGACAACUACUAGUAUGUGUCAGAGACCUUUAGCUUUUCCUCAGAACUACAUUUCCCAGAGUUCCUUUGGGAAAGGCCAUGGUAGUUAAAACCACUUUGAAUUUGUAGAGUAGAUCUAUCCUUUGAUUACCCUGUUGCAUCAUGGCGUUCCAAAAAGUCAAACUUCCUCUUGUGUAUUGCUCUCUUUCCACCCAAUGAAUAGCCUUCAGAAGCCUGAAUUCCUUGAUGAGCAAUUGUAUUCCUAACAAAUCCACAAUGGGUUCACAUCAUGGAGAAUCUUGUAAGCUGCCUUGAGUUCCUUGCAAGAGGAAGAAUGGCAGGAUAUAGAUGCCUUGUACAAAAUAUCAGGGGUGCGAAACAAACAUCCUGCUGGCCAAGAUGUGGCUCUGGCUUUGGGUUGGGCUGUGCCUUUUUCUUAGGAGUUCACAACCUGCGGGCAGCAUCUACGCCCAGAGGCAUUAGGUGACUCAGGGUAGGAGGAAGCCCAGUGGAAAAAAAGCUGACUGCUGUCUACAAAGAGUGGCAAAAAGAUGCGAGAAAGGUACGCUAUGGGAGUGUUUUUGGUUCCUGAAAGCUGCUGUGUGUACUAGACAGUCAUUCAUGAAUAUUCACUGCAGGCUGAUCCUGACUUUAAGAACAAGUUGGCCAUGAAAGAAGAUUUUAAGAUGCAUCUGUUAGAAAUGUGGAAUGCACUGCCUCAGUGAUGGGCAUAUAAUGAUUCCCAAACAUUCUAUCCAUCCAGCUAAAACAAGAUACUCCAGUAAUGCCAGCACUUGGUGGAAAAAGCAUUUUGCAGUUGUAGGGAAGUCACAGAAAGCUUGCCCUGUGUUUACUGUUUGAAAAUGGCAUGGGGAUGAAGCUGUUAAGAGGGACUCUGGGUGUGUUUCAGCAGUGCUGACAAGAGGAAGUCUCUUUGGGUCAAACUGGACAUGGUGUGGACAAUCCAUCAACAGAGUCUCCUGUAAUUUUAGCAAAAUGUAAACGCAGCCACUAUGUUAGAUGGUGCUGGUAGAUUAGAACAGAGACUCUGAGGGAGUUCAGCUCUUUCCCCUGUACUGUUUCCAAAGUUGCUAUCUGCCGCAUGGUAGAGGUCAUACAUUAAUUACCCAUGCGGCACUGGACUGUUUUUCCCUCUCAGGGCAACCAAUGGUUUUUUUGUGGGGCGCGGGGGGCAGCUCUUACACAUUACCGUCUGCUCAGAUCGGCUCAUCCAGUUUGGAGGAGGAGGAGGCAGAGGGGGCAGCUGACUGCAGUUUCAUGGCAGAAGAUACUCAGGCAGAGUAUGAGAACAGGUCUGCCCUGGAAAGGAGCGAGACUCUGCAGAACUGGGUAGGAAAGGGAUUGAGGAGAUGCUGCUUAACCUUGUAAGGAGAUGGCAGGCAAAGCGAGCGGACCAAUUAAGAAGGGUUCAACAUUCACACUGAUUAGCAGGAGGCAUCUUGAAUUGGAGUCAGAAUCUUUUCUGAAAGGGAGGGAGAGAAGGGAGAUUUCCGCUCCUCACAUGAGCAGUUACUCCUCCCACAUCUCAAGAGAUUACUAGUUUGAUUUACACUGUUUUGUAACCUAUUAAGCUCUAACAGGAUGUGGAUUUUCACAAUGUUUGGGAAGGAGUCGCACAUACAACUUUUACAGCAUGCACAUUUCUAGGUCUGCGUCAAUAUGUAUAAAUGCUUCCAAUAGCUUCCAGCAAAAAGCAUUAAUUAACCUUAUGUUUAACUCAAAACUUUCAACACAGGACUCAAUUUCCUUUCCUCGAAAUCUCUCUUCAUCUUGUCAGCACACACAUGCAUACAGUUUUCCCAGCCACUAUGCAAGUACGAACACAUCUUUCAGGUGCCAUAAAACCAAGAUUUUUUCUAAUGAGCACAUAUCUAUGCAAAUUGCCAAUUUAUUUAUUUGAUACAUUUAUAUCCUGAUUUCCUCCUCCAAGAAUCCCAAGGUGGCUUACAUGAUCUUUUUUUUCCUGCUUCAUUUUAUCUUAAUGAUGUGCAGUAAAUUAGGCUGAAAAUCAGUGACUUCAAAGUGAGCUUUAUGGCUGAUUGGGGACUGGAACCCAGAGCCCCCAAAUCUCAGUCUGGCACUCUAAGCUCUUUACCAGAGUGGGUCCCAUGUGCCCCAAACAUUCUAAUUUCCAACUCAUAUUAAUUAAAUUUGAUUCACUUUCUCAUGGAAGACAAAUUUCAAAAUUAGAGAUCUAGUUUUAAUUCUGCAUACAAAAUCCCAAUUUGAAAAUUUGCUGAUUUUUUAAAACUUAUUUUCUGCUUUGCCACAAAUGUUAGAUGGUUGGCUGGUCCAGUUCUGCUACUUCUAUUUAUCACCAUUGCUAAGUAGCUGCUGAUUACUGAUAGAAGCCUUUCAGUAGUUGCCCAGAAUCAUAAUUAUUAAUGACACACCAUCAGUGUGCAUCUAUUCAAAACACUGACUGUUCAAAUACUAACAGUGGCUAUCCUGUCCAAAUGCAUCUCCAUUUUUCUGCAAUUGUUCUACAUACAGUGGCACACAAAACUGAUUUUCUUUCAAGGGCUGAAGAAACUCAUGUGCAGAAACUCACAACUCAUGUACAUCCAAACUAUGCAGCGUUCUGAUGCUACACAUCCAUUGUUGGACUGUGUUAGGUACACAAAAGCUUCCUGCAUAAUUGGAGAAAGAUGGCAUUCAGCAGUGUGGAGGAUACUUCUGGAAUCUACUAUGUUCUUGUUCCACAGUCAUUCCCAUGUGGGAAACAACUAGUUUCUAUUUACCAUUAAGUGCAGCAUUUGUCAAGAAGUGUUUGUUGGUUGAGUGUUUAUUUGGAAAGACACAAAUGUCAGCAACCCACCAUAGUAUACAAUUCUUACAGACAUGCCCAUCUGUCUAAAUUUUCAACACACAUGCAUCCAUGCGAUAUUCACUUCAGAGGGACAAAGGUUUCAUCAGACAUAUGCAAACAUCAUUCAUUUAAAUUAACACAUGCCAGCACAACACACUUAUUCUCAUUAUGUACGUCUAAUACGGUACAAAGGACACACAACACAUCUUUUUCUCUAGAGAUGGCAGUGUAAUUAAUUUGGCUUACAUUUAACAUAAACUGUGCUAAUUUGCAUUCUUAAACUAAUAUAUGAACUGGGAUGUAAUUGUCCUUUGGUUUUUGUACUUCUCUGAAUUUCAUUAUGUUGUUCUCUGAUAAAGAGGUAUCCAAAAAUGCGUAUGGUGCAGGAAGUUCUGUACAGAAUGACAUAUGUUGAGGGAAGUGCUUGCAAAAAUGUAUGUAAUAGGAGAAAUUAUGUACACAAAUGUAUGUGUUUAUAUGUACAAAAUGCAAAAUAGUUUUUGCAAAUAUGUUUACAAAACAGUAUGGAAAUGGUACUGAGGUGGAAUGUACUUGUGCUUGAAAAAAAUACAGAUGUUAUACAAAGUAA